GGUGCUUGCCUUUCAAAAUUAAACGCUUUUCAGCAUAAAAGAUGAACGAAAGAGAAAGUAGACGCUGCAGCGUUACCUGCAAUCACGUGAUUUAGCAUAAGUCGAGCGAGUGCUCUGACAGCUCCUCCUCCUGCUCGACGUCCUGCGUCUCCCCGAGAGUUAAAGCGAAAGUAAAACAUGUUUCCAGUGGGGUCCAGUUGCAAGCUACAACAGUCCUCUGCAACUUUACUCUUCCUCGCCUUCCGUCAAACAAGGGAUCGAAUCAGGAAGCAGCCAACUCUCCUCUGUCAAUGCCAACUCGAAGCGCCAUGGGGCCGCAAAGCGGACCUAGCAGGUGAUGGUGCCCGGAGCCGACGUUCUGCAGGCGGCGGACGGGGGAAGAAAUGGUGCAAUAUGUGGUCUUCCAGCCGAGGUUUCCCUCAGAUAGGAUGGUUAGAGAUAAGCCUAAGAGAACAGUAAGAAAGAAAAAGAAUGCAAGCCAGCAGAAGCAGAGUCCAGCUCCUGACGAGCCUGCGACACCUCAACAAGUCCAGAGUACGGAACGGAACCAGGACAUCGCAGAGAAGCCGCUGGAAACGCUGCACUGGAGCCAGCGACGCAGUCUACACCUCUCAGAUCAACAACUUGAAACCUGGUGUCAGAGUGGAGCGGACGUGGCCAACUUGCCAACUCGCCUGCGUUCGUUCAGCAGCCUUGAAGAGUACAAACUGGUGAAGCGCACUCACCAGCAGCUCCAGCACAGCUCCUACUACUGGGGAGCGAUGAACAUGGAGGAGGCGCACAAAAUGCUCGGGCGAGCAUCACCGGGCACCUUUCUCAUCCGAGACAGCGGGCAGCCGGACGUGUUCUUCACCCUGAGCUACUACAGCGAACAUGGGCCAACGAGCGUCCGCGUGCUGCUCCGAAAGUUGCUCUUCGCUCUCUGUGGGAGCCAAAAGACUUUCGCCUCCCUCUUUGAUCUGCUGGCUUACUACAAGACUCCGUUGUGCAAACUGACCGCGCCUUAUCGCCAGCAACGGCCCGAGCGCCUCAAGCAGAUUUGUAGGAGGGCAAUGGUAAACACGUAUGGAGCAGAGAACAUAAGAAAUUUAGCAGGACUCAGUUGUGAGGUGAAAGACUAUGUUCUUGCCUAUCCUUACUCGAUAUAGGGCGAAUGUGGUGUGCGUGUGUGUGUGUGUUGUCCAUCUUUUUUGAGGUUUGAGUUACACAGUCGAUGAAAGAGGAGAAAAUAUAUUUGUCCACAUUCUGGACCGAACCGAAUCGUGGAUUUGGAUUCAAGAAAAGCAGGCUCAGACCAAGUGCGGUAACAAAAAUUAUUUCUUACAGGAAAAUGCCCCGACAAAGUACGAACAGAAAUCCCUGAUCACAUGGAGCCAUGCAUGAAGCAAAGCCCUUGCACAAGGCAAUGCCAAGAAUAAAGAAAAGGAAAUGUCAAGAAGCCAAUGACCCGAAGCUAAAGAUCAAGAUUAAUAAGAAAAAGAAAAAUCUAUGAAUAACUAGAGCAACUGAGCGUAUCGAGGGGUCUAGAAAACAACACUUGAAGCACAACAGCGAGCAAGGUCAAUAAUCCGACAAGAGACGAGGCAGCCUGACAGUUCUUAAAAAUAUGGCAGGUUUGAUUGGUAAACUCGGAACGGGCGUGCCUGCUAGAGGGGAAACGCCCUUCACUCAAGGCUGGGGCUGAAAACAAAAACAGACAGACAUGACAACAUCCGUCCAUCCAUCCACAGCUCAAGAUAGCCAAGAAAAAGUCCAAUCAACACAUUGGUCAAGAUUGAAUGCAAAAAAAAAAACCUACUGGAAAAGUGCAUUCACGAGUUGAAAGUUCACCUAUUAAGGUCAUUAACUGCAUUUGACAUUCAUCCUCACACCUCAGCCAGAAACCCCGCAACUGGAUCCUCAACUUUUUUGUGAUGAGUGAUUGGGCAUCGCAGUCCCAUUUACAGGAGCUUCUAUAUGUGGGAGCUUGUGGAGAAAAAAAAAUGUUUACUCAUGGAAGCAGCACUUCAUACCCUACACUGCGUGUGUGUAGCGGAUCGACGAUAAUAAUACCCACCUCAUCUUCCACUGCAUCGACAAGUUCACCUUAUGGGCUGUUUGUCAGAAGCCAGCUCUAAUCUGUGCACCCGAUAAAACUCAUAGCCGCUCUGCUUACCUUGUAACUUUGAGAUGAUGCUUCUGCAUAAAAGUGCCGCUCUGAUGAUAGUGUUUGAGACGGGCAGGCUGCUGUUUAGAAGUGGCAUGGGAUCUUCACUCAGUCUUCCAGAAAAUAAAUAUGAUGGUGGGGGUGAUUAUUCUGAAAAUUAGUGCAGAACAACUCGCUCGUUUACACGUUUUCAAAAAAAAAAGAAAAACAAUCAAA